CACCGGGGAGAAGCGGGGGGACAUCGCGGGGACCGGGCGGGGAGGAAGCGGCGGGGAGCGGUGUGAGGGAACGGGGGGACCGGGGGAACCGCGCGGUUCGGCGGGAACCGGGGGGGGGGGCGGGGGAGUUCGGGGACGACUGGGGGGACAAACCCGGAGGGUCCCGUUGUGCCCGGCCCAGGCUCCUCCACCCCCGCGCCCACCGCUGUGACCGGAGCUGUUCCCCACAGCUGCGGUCCCCCGGCUCAGCUCCCGCAGCCCCCCGCUCCCCGCUGCACCCCCGGUCCCCGUGUGCCCCCCCCCCCCGCUCUUCCCGGUCCCCUCCGCGCCCUCUCUUGUCCCGCCGGUGCUCCCGCCCCUCGGCUCCGCCCAUCCCGGUGUCCCCGCCCCCGCCGCGGCGGGCAGGACCGUGCGGGCUGCGGGCUGGCACCGGGCCCGCCCAGCACCGGACCGGCACCGGCACCGGCACCGGCAUCAGCGCCGACCCCGGCCCAUGGCGGCUCCGGCAGCGGUCGCCACCGGAGGCAGCCGGUGAGCCCAGGCCGGAGCGGGCGGUGACACUGCUGGUGACACUGCUGGUGACACGGCCGGUGGCACGGCGGGACCAUGCAGGCGGAGGCCAGAGGGGAAUUCUGCAGCCGGGACCAGCGCCCUGAAGGUGCUGGUGUGGCAGAGCUUGGCAAGGAGCCACUGGUCCCGGAGCGCCCCGCAGGGACCCCCACGCACGGGCCGGCCCAGGAGACCCCCCGAGUCCCCGCGGAGGAGCAGGGUGGCAUCCCCAUCCCCAGCGCCGGCCUGCUGCAGGUCACCGAGCGCCGACAGCCCCUGAGCAGCGUGUCUUCGCUGGAGGUGCACUUCGACCUGCUGGACCUGACGGAGCUGACGGAUAUGUCGGACCAGGAGCUGGCCGAGGUCUUCGCCGACUCCGACGAGGAGAACGUGGCCGGAGAGACGCCCGGCGGGCUGCAGCCGCCGGCGGUGCCGCGGGCCGGGUACCUGCGCUCGCCCUCCUGGACCCGCGCGCGGGAGCAGGGCCGGGACAAGAAGCACCUGAGUGACCCCGAGCUGCCGCCGGGACCCCCGGGACCCCCGGACGCCUUCCUGCCCGCCGAGCGCCCGCGGGAGCCGUAGGGACCAAACCCGCCGGGGGACACCGGGAUACGCCGGUGCUGGUCCCGUCCGUACCGAUGGAGCCCGUCCCCGGGCGCAGGACUCCCGUUAGCCCGCCCGGAGGGCAGAGGCGGCCCCAGCCCCGCGGCGGGGACGUACCGGGCUGCCCUCAGCCGGUGGCCCGCGGCCCCGGGGGGAAACCGGGCCGGCCCCGCCGGCCCCCGGGAGCGGCACGGCCUUGGUUGCCGGGAGCGGCGGAUGGGGCAGGACGGGACGGGUCGCACGGCUCAGCGCGGCCCGACGGAGCGCGGCCGGUGCCGGUGCCCGCCCGGUUCUGAUGUAGCAGUGCUGUGAUCCGGUAAAACCGACCGACCGACCCAC